ACCGGAUGUAACAAUGUUAAUUUGACUGGCUAGGUACCGAUACUAGAAUAACGUAUUAAAUGAUCAGUUUCACAUAUUAAACAUCCUGCGUAACUGAUUUCUCAGACUCUGCUCGACGAGCUUUACCCUUUUACGUCAUUGUUCUGAACCGCUGUGACUAUUUCUAGUGGACGUUUGCUGGACAUAAUGUCAUUAGCAACAUGCAUGGACCUUUAACUAAAUAAGCUAACAGCAGACAAUCAGUGUUUGCGAAUUAGAAGCUUUUAAAAGUCAAGGUUUUAGUGUUGUUAGAGGAGUCCAUACCCCGGGGGACCGUCUGUGGACACCGUCUCUGCACAUCUUCUCUAAGCCUUGCUGUUCAGCUGAGGACUGAGACUGGAGACAGAGUGGAACCAGAACCUCUGACCAAGGUUUCAGACUCUGCUCAGCAGCAUCGCUUCAUCUCUGCUACAGUUUCCAUUUUCUGUUAAUACAUUUUAUCUGAUCAGAUGCUGAUUUGUGCCUGAUUCCAGCUUCAGGCAUCAGAUAAACAGAAGAUACAGGUUAUAUGUGAACAUGUGAAGGUUGCAAACAAAGAUUGUGAAAAGCAGAAUCCCAAGUGGAUAAAGGAUGUCUGAGAUUAUGAAGGUUGUGGAAGAAGACCCCAGUGGCCUCAGUUUGGAGCCCCCCAUACCUGCAGCAUCAACAUCAGAACUGGAGCAGAAACAAGACAGCAAAGAUCUCAGGGAGCUGGUGCCUAUCUCCAGCAGUCUACGGACGAGAGGCAGGCUACACUUGCCAUAGCUAUAAAGGAAAAUUUAUACCUGAGACUUUUGACCCUCAGGACCUUGACUCACCAUCCAGAGGGGAGAAGCACAAACUCUUGGGAUAUCAGGGCUGGCCAAAACUGCCUGUGCCUUUCCAGGACUCGCCCAUCAUAGAUGUCAGAGAGAGAGAGCUGCUGUAUGCCAAUUAUUUUAUUGGCUGUUUGAUAAUGUCUGAUGUUUGUUUUUGUUUUGUUUUUUUUGCUCUGUAAGGUUACCAUACCACAAAACAAUAUAAAGUUCUAUAAAUAAAAGAUUUGCACUUGUUUUUGUACCCUUACCUGUGAUCAAGUCCGACCCAGCUCUCUUCCUAGCAUUACAUUUAAGAAACAUGAACCUAACAGAAGAACUGCUGCUCAGUUAAUCAAACUGUGUUCCAGCAUAAAGUCAUUUUUGUCAUUAAAAUAUCAAUCAAAGUCAUUCAGUUCUUUUACAAAAUCUGAAUUUGAGUUAAAGCCAUCAGUGAUAAUUGGCCCACAAAUCUUCUGCCUUGUCUUGGCUUGUCGUAACCUUCAUUCCAUCCCAUACAGCCCCCAGAUCAUUACUGUGAAACCUUUCCUUUAUUUUACUUUUAUAUAUAGACCAAUGUUCAGUGGUGCGUUUCUAGAACAGCACCCAACACGUUUGAUUGGAGGGAACAGUCCGUACAGGUUGCUUAGUUUUAUAUGCAGGGUUACUUGGUAGUCUGAAAAAAAGAGCUGACUGUGGAAGAUGUUUGAAUUUCCAGAGCUUUAUUUCUGUAUUCAGUUCUCUGAAAGAUAAAAAGCAGUUAGAAAAAUAAUUUUCACAUUUAUCUAUAUUAAGAUCAUCUUUGACAUAUCAAUUUUGUAGGAUUUUGGGUCACUGUCUGAGAAAAUGAAAUGCACACUAGUUAAAAUGAAAAAGCCGCUUCAUAUCCCUUGGCCUCCAGACCUGUGGGUUUUAAUUAGGACCAGACUCGAUGCAGCCAUGUUGCAGCUGCUUCCUCACAGUCUCAGGCUGGUAUUCCAGAUUCCGCUCAAAGCAUUCACAGGAGUCUGCACCUGGGAGAUCUUCUGAUUCAGGCAAAAAGCCAGAUGUACCACGAACACUUUGAAAAAUAUUCGGAUGUGCAUCUCCUUAAUUUACCACUUAAACCUUAGAGGACUUCUGGCAUUUGCUGAUAAAUUUAAGAGUUUUUUUCAUACAAAUGUCUGACUUUACAUUGUCAGAAAAAUAUCCUAGUUUUAAUAUUGUAAUUUAUGCCUUCAAUCAUGGAAAAUUAGAAUUUUUCUUGUAAGUUCAUGACUUUUCUACAUCAGAGACGUUUUUCCUCUUAAAUAUUUUUGGUGAUUAAAGAAGAGGUUCCCAAUGGCUGGAGCUCCAGUAUGGAACAGCAGGACCCUGUUCUCCAACAUGUAAAAGAGGAAGAGGAGGAACUAUGGAUCAGUCAAGAAGAAGAGCAGCUUGCUGUGAAGAGUGAAGAUGAAGAGAAACCUCAGUUAUCAGAACUUCAACAAAUCAAAGCUGAAGACAACAGAGAGACAGAAGCUCCAACCAGCAGUUCAGCUGACCAGAAGGAAACAGAAUCUGACAGGAACUCGGAUGUAGAGUGUUCUUCAAAACAAAGUAAGACGGGUGUUUACAGACGAAGUAGAAGGUCUAAACUGUCUUCCAGACGUAUUGCUCAGAAAGGGGUCCCUGCAGAGAAGUGGUUUGGCUGCAAUGUUUGUGGCAAAAGAUUCAAAUGUAAAACUUCAGCUAAAUUACACCUGAUGAUUCACUCUGGAAAGAGAGAACAUAGCUGUGGCCUUUGUGGAAAAGCAUUUAAAGAUACAAGUUCUCUGCAGACACACAUGAGACUUCACACUGGAGAGAAACCAUUUUCUUGCAGUGAUUGCGGUAGAAGGUUUCACAGAAAGACGAUUCUUGAGGGUCAUUUAAAGGUCCAUUCAGGAGAAAAAGCUUUUUCAUGUGAUGUUUGUGGUAUGAGAUUUAAAAGAAAGGAAACACUUAAAAAACACAAGAGGAUCCACACCUCAGAGAGACCAUUUGUUUGUAACAUUUGUAGUAAAGGAUUUUCACUACAAAAUGGUCUAAAUAGUCACAUGUUUGUACACACGGGAGAGAAGCUGUGUAUUUGUAGUAUUUGUAGUAAAGGAUUUUCACAACAGGAGCCCCUGAAGAGACACAUGCGCGUUCAUACAGGUGAAAAACUGUUCAUCUGCAGUGUUUGUAGUAAAGGAUUUUCACUAAAACAUCAUCUGAAAAACCACAUGGAGGUUCACACAGCACCAUUCAGCUGUAGCGAUUGUGGUAAAUGCUAUGUGAAGGAAAUCCAGUUAGAGCGACACGUGAGAGUCCACUCAGAGGAGCGGCCGUUUGGCUGUGAUUUCUGUAAAAACCGAUUUUAUCAAAAGUGUCAACUUGAGAAUCACAUCAGAGUCCAUUCAGGAGAGAAACCGUUUGUUUGUGAUGUUUGCAGCAAAGCAUUUUCGUUAAUUGGAAAUAUGAGGAGACACAUGGGUAUUCACCGGGCUCCAUCUAUUCAUUAUUUUGAUGGUACAUAACUGUAUUUACUGUGGAAACCUGUGAAGUUCACCCUGAUGCUUCUACAUCAUAUAAAUCCCCACUUUUGAAACAUUUAA